AUAACGAAAACAUUUGCCUAAAAUUAUCAAGCUUAUCAUUAAAAAUAUAUGUAAAUUCACAUUUUCCGAUGGCAAUAGCUUCAUAAUGAUAAAAAUCGACUAAAGAGAAACAACCGUCACUCCACUUCAGUAUUCUACUGUCAAAUGAUGUUGUAUAAAACUUCAAAUAUCAUAUAUAUAUGGAAUUAAAACUUCGUAUUCCAUCAAAAACUUAUCAAUAGGAUAGUCCUACAAUUUUGAAUAUUAUUCGCCUAGUUUCUUCUUUGAUGCGGAACCUAUAUAUGUAUCCUCUCAAUUAAUCUAUGGUACGGUCAAUAAUUGACCAGUCAUUUUUUAUAACAUCAAGUUAACUUGUAAUUCAUUGGUUAAAAAUUAACUUGUAAUUGGAUAUUAUCAGUAUUUAAAAAAAUGAACUAAACAUUUUAAAACUUCUUGCUAUGCUGGCAAACAACUAUGAAAAAGUAUAACAAUGACGCAGAUUAUGAGUAAUGAUAAACAAGGACUUACUUUUGAAAUAAUAUCAACAAAAAUAGCUGAAGUACAGGAGGAGAGAAAAUAUGUUAUAUAUACAUUGCAAGUUCGCUUUAUAUCUGAUAAUGAUGAUACAAGUCCUUCAAUGAUCGAAAGACGAUAUACCAACUUUUUAGAUUUAUAUACAUCUCUUAAAAAAGAGUAUCCACAUCUUAUGAAUAAUAUUGUGUUUCCCAAAAAAGCGCUUACUGGGAAUUUUAGCAGUGAACUAAUAUCUGCUCGAAGUACAGGAUUUGAAUCUCUUUUAAAACAUAUCACCAGUAAUAAUCAAUUAAAAAACUCAUUAGCCUUAAUAGCCUUUCUUCAAGAUGCAGAACUUCAAACAGUGAAAUCUCUACUGCAUGAUAUGAAAUAUUCAUUGGCUUAUCCAAUUUUAGAAGAUAGUUUGAAAUUAUUAAACAAGGUAUUUACUGAUAGAUCUCCGGUGGUGCUUUUAGCAUUAGUUCGAUUAAUAGCUUGUGGAGCAUCUCUUCCUGAAUUUCCAGAUGUGCUAAAAUGGGCUGAUUUAGCUCUUCACAGAUUUGAAGGAGUCAGUGACGGUGAUCUCUUACAACUAUAUGUACCAUUAUUCCGAACAUGUGUCAAAUUGUGGUGUCAAAAUGGUAGGAAUCCAGAAGAGUUACAAAAAACAUUAUGUAGUUUACAGAAACAAGGUGUUAAAAUGGAAGAGAAGUCGCUUAUAGAUGCCGUUAAAACUGUAGAGGAAAAGAUAUUUGGUAUUUAGAAUUAAAAGUGAAACUAUAUUUUUCAAUUAAGGUAAAGUUGAUUUAGUUAUGCCUUUCAUCUAUCUUGGGGUUUUGGAGUAGUAAAAUAGUAGUGGUUUCAAUUUGAAAUGUCUGCUUGUGUUACUACACAGUACAAGUGUUAAGCGAUCAUUCGCAGCUUUAAAUCCAGUGCUCAUUUUUCUUUAUGGGACGGAAAUGCAUCCUUACAGCAUGUAUGAUAGUAUGAUACUUUUUUUAAAAAACAUAUAUGGGAGAAAAUACCAAUUUGGUACAAGUUUCACUAGAAUAGUUUGGUCGUUAAAAGUGUCUAGAUUUAACAGUGCUUACUGUAGCAAAAUUUUGUUAGAAACCUAAUAUCAACCUAAUCAUAAAUACAUGAAGGGGAUGAUAUUUCUAAUUUAAUUUUGAGGAUCAAACAAAAAAGUGUCAGUUAUAGGUACACUGUCUUAUUGUGGUGCUCUUACCUUAUGUAUUUUAAAGAUAUUUAUUAUAUUUGGAAAGAAAUAAGAAAUACUGUUUGUAAAAGGAUUUUAAUAUAAAUGACAGAAUUAAAAUGAAAUAAAAGGUGAAUCGAGUAUAAAUGUGAAAAGAAGUCUAUACUGUAUAAGUGAGAAAUGAGAAACAGCCUUACAUCACAUACCGACUGAAUUUGUAUAUUAAAGAUAAUUAUGUGCUAGGUGAUUUUUUUAUGUAAAUUAUUUCUGUUAGAAGUAGUUUUAUUUUACUCUUUUUACAUGAAUCUCUAAUAGUUUUUAUUUCCUUAUAAAGAUGAAUUAAAUAACAUAAUUUCUCUAGAAAAUAGAGGGCGGGUCGAUACUAAUCUAAUUUAUAAAGAAUGCCAGUAUUUUUACAAAUAGAUAAAUUUAUUGCUUUUUUUAUAUAUUAAAUGUUAUUUUUUCCUUAUAUAUAUUCAACGCCGUUAAAAUGACAUUAGACAAUGUCACAGUCAACAGAAUGGAAUCAAAAUAUGUAGAUUGUUUUUAAUUAAGUAAUUGAUCAUGUUUAAAUUAUGUUUUCCCCGAUCUCCAUCACGAAUGCUAAGAGAAUCCAGCAUUAAACAUUUGGACAGAAUUAUUCUUAUUUGAGAAAGGUAAUACUUCCUAAAUAAAAAAUUAAUACCUAUUUUAUCAGUGGCUUUAUUUAGUAAUAUAGUAUAAUAACAGAGAUGUUGUAUAAAAGAAUAUAUUUUUUGUAACCUUAGCGAGUUUAGAAAUAAAUACAUUAUUUUCUAAAAAA